GUGUAAACUUGGAGGCAGCUGAAUGGAUCCACCGCCCUGACGGAGACAGGUGCCUCCUCUCAGCUCGCAGCUUGUAAACAGACCAUAUGUUGGAUGUGGAGCAGGUGUUGGAGGUGAAAAUGACCUGCAGGAAAGUUUAAAGCAGUUUGUGACAGGUGCUCCAUGUGAAACCUGCGGGGACGGACUGUGAGCUGCCCAGGAGGACGACCAUGAAGCGCAACAAGCAGAUCGACGUGACGCGUGCCCUCGCGCUGGCCGGCACCUUCAACUUCCUGUGCUGCUGUGCCAGAGCCUGCCUGCUCCCCUUCCUCACCCUCUACUUCAGACAGCUGGGCCUCACUCCCGCCAUGACGGGCCUCAUCAUGGGAACCAAACACCUCAUAACGCUGGUCUGGAGCCCCGUGGCGAGCCUGCUCUCCAAGCGCUACAACAAGAGGCGAGUGGUGAUCACCCUCGCUCUCGUGUGUUCGCCGGCAGUCCCUCUGCUCCUGCAGCUCAUCCCGCCCACAGACGUGCAACAAAUGGGCACCUGCAACAUGUCCGCCAUGAGGAGCGGACCAACCCAGAGUCCGGACGGUAACCCGCUCAUGAGCAGCGUCAGGCCUGCCACAUUAUGGACUAGAACUCUCCCUGAAGUCAACACAGCUGUUGCCUCCCAGUCCGCUGUCACCUUUCCUGCAGAGACGUCUCCUGAGACUGAAUCUGCUCCUGUUGUGACGACCAAAACAUCGCUUUCCCAGCGUGAGCAAGGUGAAUCUCAUCCUCAGCUGUCACAAGACAACACAUCAGUGGUUGUCAACAGCAGUCUUGCAGAACCAAAGAACAUGCUCCAGACCACGGUCUCUGUGGCAGCUCCAGUGAGGAGCAAGAGGUCCAAAUCUGCGCCAGGAGAGGAGGAGGUGGAGGACGGCCGUUUUGACUUCCUGGGCAGCCUGAAGGUGAUGGACCCUCAGCACCAGCUCUUCUUCUUGAUACUCAUCAUCGUGUCGGUGUGGGAGUGUACAUCAGCCCCUCUGGAGUGGACGGCGGAUGACGGCCUGCAUGAGUAUCUAGACUACGCCGAUGCUUCGGACCGCUACAGCAGCACCAGGGUGUGGGGUUUGCUCGGAGCAGCGUGUGGGGUCGGAGGCGCAGGGUUGCUGGUCGGCCAGCUGAGCUGUCUCAUAGCCGAUCAGACGCCCAGGAGCGUGGUGCACUUCUACUGUUACGCUGGUGUGGCGGUCCUGGCCCUCCCCGUGGCGGCCUACCUCCCUCUCUACCUGAAUAAGAAGCGAGACAGGGCCAACGGGCUCCUCAAAGCUGCCCAGCUGGUGCGCGGCUCCCCCCGCGCCCUGCUCUGCGCCGUCACCACCCUGCUGGUCGGGGUGGCGAGCUCGGCCGUGGAUAACUUCCUCCUGUGGGAGAUGCAGGAUCACGGCAGCAGCGAGCUCCACAUGGGACUGUCUCUCGCCCUCGCUCUGCUCUCACAGGCCGCCUUCCCUCUGCUGGCCGGCCGAGUGUCCAAGCUCCUCAGCCCAGGGAGGGUGCUCACCGUUGGGGCAGCCUGUCUCGCUUCACAGUGCUUCUACUACUCCUUCCUGUGGGGGCCGUGGGCUGCGGUGCCUGCUCAGGUGUUCAGCUGUUUCAGCGGCGGGGCCCUCUGGUGGGCCGUGAAGGUGCAGUGCGAGGACGUGGCCACGCCGGGCGCCGAGCGGAGCGUGAGGAGGAUCUACAGUUCGCUCUCCCUACACCUGGGGAGCGGGCUGGGGAGCUUCGCCGGAGGGUUUGCGGUCCAGAGGUUCGGCCUGACGUGGCUGUUCAGAGGGGUGGCGCUGGGUCUGAUGCUGUGGUGCGUGUGUCUGCCUCUGCUGCAGUGGAAGGCCCCUCACCAGCGCAGGAUUAACUAUUCUCGCCUUCUGGCGGCCGACGCAAGCGAAGCCAGCGACUCCGAGUCCGAGCAGGACAGAGACUGGCUGGAUAAAGCAAUGGAGGAGGACAGAGGCAAUAACAACCAUGGACGGAGGGUUAACCACUGAACCCCACAGCGUGAGAGCAGAGAGAGGGGACUCACCUUCACCAAAUCACAGAAAACAUUCUAUCAAUAUGCAAAUAAGAUUCAUCUGUCACUCUUUAUCAUCAGUAGCUGGGAUCACUGAUUGCCUACUCUGACAGGUUUAAUUAAAAUCUGUUAAAAGUG